AUGGAAGGACUACAGCCCUCCGGAGAACCCAUGGACGAUGUCUUUCUACGAGAUGACCCGGGACCGACAAUUGCAGAGCAUGCGGCACAAUGCCAAUAUCUUCUUAACAAAUAUAUGACUAUGCCGGAGAGCGUACCAGAUCCCACUAUCAUGGACGACCAGCUGGCAAGGUUUUCUUUGUGGACUUCAAAUAUGGAUGUUUACGGCCCGCCCAACGUUUCCUUGGACUACAGACUUCGAUUCAGCCCUACAGCUGCGGAUAUCGUACACGAACUCUUGAAUCUUAUUUGCGAUACCCUGCUAUCCUUGAAACCAAUCGACCAGCGACCGCCACAAACUCCCAGUAGAAAGAGGCGGCGUCUCUCGGUGCAUGGUGAUUUGGAAGUUACAGGCGACGACUACUCAAACGACUCGGACAGUGACAUCGAUUCAGAAGAAGGGAACCUUCUUAAGAUAACCGAGACAAUAGGCGGAACAAUAACACGGCUUUUCCGUUUAUCCAACGCCAUUCGGAAGUCUGCCAAAGCUAACCGAGCACGGAAGAUCGAAUUAUACAAGGACGAUGAGGAGGCAAACAAAGCAAUAGAGGAAUUGCGUCUUUACACCAAAUGCUAUAUUGAAUUCCGAUUUCCGGAGGCUCCGAAGGCCCUCUGCUCCACUCUGGUUGAAGCCAACGCCCUACGACUUCGACGGCUGUAUUAUCAGCACUCUCACCGACGCCGCAUCGACUUGAAUGUCCAGAAGCCAAACCCGAUUCCAGCUCCUGUUACAGUUGCUAAAGUGGCCGAGAGCAACCCGAAAGUACGAUUUGCGGACAACCCGUUGCCAAAACCCCUGACAGUCAGCAAGAUCCAGUCCCCGUCUCCGGCGCCAGCAACCAAUGCAACUACUGCUCGACAGACCGCAGUAGCAACCCUCUACGCCGAGCCCGAGACUGAGAUGCCUCGUGCUAAAUCUAUCCUCGUCAAUAACAAAUUGUCGUUCCCUCCCCUGCCGCCGACGCAGCAGUGUCCGUACUGCGGUGUUAUUAUAGAGUUCAAGAAUAUCGCAAAGUCAUCGCUGUGGCAAGCCCCAUCUCACGAUCCCAUAGUAUUUGAAGAAGAAAUUGCAUACCGAAAGCAUUCCAUUGAAGAGCACGGCGUGCCUGAAACGUACAUCGCAGCCCUGAGCAACGCCGCGCGGAGAGCAGUCAUCGAUAAGGUGCUAGAAUGCCCAUAUGGAGACGAUUUCCAGCCCGCAGAAAAGGCGGGGUCUAGUACUAUCUUCUCGACCGAUGCUCUCGAGUCACAUGUCGCCGGUCAUAUGAAGGAGAUUGCUCUACUUGCACUGCAGAAGCUACCAACUGACGGUGACGAGAACGUGGAGAACAUCGAUAGCGACCAACCUCCAGAAGACGAAGUCACCACAGGGUCAUUUGGAAUUACACGUGCAUCAAUGUGUAGUAUACUGGACGAUGAUUCAUUCGACUUUCCAGACAGCAAAGAUAAUGUUGAUAUUGCAGGAAACAAUGUGGAUCACCGUGACGGACAAAUCAGUCACGGCGUGACAAAGCUCAAUCUUGACGACAAGGACAAUUUGAGGAUGUCCAAGCUUCGCCAAGCGGUGGAGUCUGGAGAUUCAGAGUUAAUUGAAGCUCUUGUUCAGAGCGGUAUGAAGGUCAAUCUCAGGGACGAAAAUGGACAAACAGCUCUGCACUACGCCGCGGAAAUGGAAUGGAUGCAAUGCAUAGAAGUCUUGGUCAAUCACGGUGCGGAUCCACAUAUCAUCGACCACUCUGGAAUUACACCAAUCUCUUGGGCUGUGAUUACUGGAAAAGAAAGUGCGACUAAUCGACUGUUGUUUGAGGACAUCGCUGCGACCUCUGCGGAUAUGGAUUCUGCGUUGACCUGGGCAGCCCGAUUGGGAAGGAUCGUGAUUGCUGAGAAGAUUAUCGAACGUGUUAGAUUCGUGUCUGGCACUCAGUUGCAGGAAGCGGCAGCUUCUGGUGAGACGGGUAUUGUUAGGCUGCUCCUCGACAAUGGUUAUGAUCCAAACCGCCGUGAUGACGAUGGUUGGUCUGCGAUACAUUAUGCGGCAGAACAGGGCCAUCUAGACAUUGUAAGAUUACUGCGAGAGAGCGGUGCUGAAGUCUGUGCUAUCAGCCCUCACGGCAUGUCGCCGUUGCAUUGCGCUGCGAACGGAGGCCAUGCUUCGAUUGUGAAUUUAACCCUCCAGCUGGGUCGCUUGGAGAUCCUUGGGUUAACAAGUCACGGUUGGACUGCGUUACACCACGCGGCAUACAUGGGUCAUUCGGAUGUCGUUAAACUCCUCCUGGAAUACGAUCCAAGCAUUGCCACGCAGCAAGACAACGAUGGUUGGUCUGCUCUGCAUCUGGCCGUGGUUCGUCGAGAUCUAGCUACCAUCCGUGCCCUGCUCGAUUGCGAGACACAGAUGCUUCUAGACAACAACCGCAAUACUGCAGAAACCUGGUUUCACGGAUGGAUGGGUGAUCGUGACUUGACGUUUACGAAGUCGUGCUGCUGCCAGGCCUUGACAGGCCUUCGGCAAGCUGUUACCUUGAGCAGUACUCCGUUGGUGGAACUUCUGUUAAAAAUGGGACACGACAUCAAUGGAACGGAUUCCGGAAACAGAACUGCCCUAUACUAUGCUGUCAAGAAGCCCAGACUUGCCAUGGUUAAAUUGCUCAUUGCACGCGGGGCUGAUCCAAACAUUCUACCCGUGGGGAGAGUCAGCUUCGCCAAAGCUAGAUCAACAUAUCGAUGA